AUGGCACCCACCCGGCUGGUCCGUACACUCAAGCUCAAGCUCAGUCUACGGCCCGCGUGCCAACCUACAACAGCAUCGGCGGUUGUGCCUUGGAGAUCGGAAAACUCCUUGUCUGUUGCCGCUGGUUCCCCGCUUGGUUCAUGCCUCGGCACGUUCUCGGGACAGCAGCACUGCAGGAGAAAUCUGACAUAUAGCCGCUGCAUCACGCAUUAUAACCAGUCACAGCUGCAGUUGCUGGGUGCAGACAGAAGAACAAACAUGGGCGACAGCAGGGACGCUUCUGCGAGACGGCUGCGGGCGCUAGCGGAACAUAUAUCUCCUGCUGGCCAACAGAACCAGAGCCGAUCAUAUAGCCAGGCGGUCACUGGCUGCUCGUCUGACAUUGAUUUUUCCGCGCUAUCAAAGCUUCUGCCGCAUGAUGGGCCUGAAGGGGAAGCGGUAUGGUAUGUCGUCGUGGCCGCGGCGCUGAUGGCGUUUCAUCGAGAGGCGGCAGUGGGUGCGUUGUGGGAACAUAUCGUGUCUACACGGCCGACUUCUACAGAGGAGGAAAGAGCACUGAUUGCACGACGGAUAAGGGAGAGUUGUCUCAAGGCUAGCGUGCUGGUUGGAUUUCCACGGGGAAUCAACGCCCUCUCGUCGCUGCACGGGUCUCUGGCCAGCCAUACACCGUCGACCCACCGACUUCUGUCCGCGGACAGCUCGCUGCGCAGCCCGGUCGAUGGGAAGACGAAGCUGGAGCGAGGGACCGCGUUCUUCACCCGCCUGUACGCCGGGCACACGAACAAGAUACUGGACAACAUGUCUCGCAGCUCGGGCGGGGACUUGAGCUACUAUGCCCUCGCUAGUGUGUACGGGGAACUCAUGGCCGAGACUCGGGUCGUUAAUGCGAUGGAGACGGUGCUGAUGGAGUUCGUCUGCUGUCUGGCGGACGACGUCGCACCACAGGCCAAAGGACACUUCUUCGGCAGCCGGAACAUGGGAGCAUCUGGUGCACGGAUCAAGGGAGCCGUGAGCAUCGUCCAGGAUCUGGCAAGGCAGGCAGGCCUGGAUGUCCCCGGAACAGGAGAGGAAUAUGCCUUUCUGGCGAAGGCUGACUCGUGGUGA